GGCAACCUAGGCCGCAGUGAAGAGGUACGAACGACUGUUUAUCAAAAACACAGCUCUCUGCUAACUCCCCGAGUGAACGGCGGCCGUAACUAUGACGGUCCAAAGGUAGCGAAAUUCCUUGUCAGACUCGGUGAAAUCUUAGUACCGGUGGGAGACUGGGAAGCCAAGGCGUUAGCCUUAGCGGAGUCGUUGGUGGGAUACCACCCUAAUAGGCGGAAAAUUCUAACUUAUUGGUUUACAGCCAAAAGAACAGUGUUUGGUGGGUAUAGAAAUCCUAUGCAGAGCGUAAAGGUAGAAGGAUGCUUAACUGUGAGACUUACAAGUCGAACAGAUACGAAAGUAGGACUUAGUGAUCCGGCG